AUGACCCUCGACUCGGACGCCUUUGACGUCGUCGUCCUCGGCACUGGCCUCGCACAGAGCAUCGUAGCCGCUGCCCUCGCCAAAGCAGGCCACUCUGUUCUGCAUCUCGACCCGAACGACUACUAUGGCGGCGAGCAGGCCAGCCUGACCCUCGAUGAACUGGUGGCGUGGGCCGACCAGCGUGCCGACUCGUCCUCGUCGUCUUCGCCAUCGCCAUCGACAUAUGUCGCCUCGCAGCGCAUCACCUACUCACAUGCAAGCGCGACACCUCUAACCCCCGCCCUCGAAGCCGACAGGAGGCGGUAUUCGCUCUCCCUCUUCCCGUCCCUCAUGCCGUCCCGCGGCGAGCUCAUCGACACGCUCAUCACAUCGGACGUGUCCAAGUACGUCGAGUUCAAGCUCCUCAAUGGCGUCCACAUGGCCUCUAGAUCAGGAUUCGAGCGAGUCCCCGGAUCCAAAGAGGACGUGUUCAAGGACAAGAGCAUAUCCCUCCCCGAGAAGCGCAAGCUCAUGAAGGCACUCAUGUUCGCUGCCGGCGAGUUUGAGGACGACCCCCUCCUCGUCGGCAAGGAGGCGGAUCCGAUCCUGGCCUUUCUAAAAUCGGCGUUUGGGCUAGGCGACAAGCUCGUCCAGGCAAUAGCGUACGCCUUGGCUUUUGCCGACGAGGGCGAGCCAGCCCUCCCGGCCCUCUGCAGGGCGAGGCGAUACUUCCGCUCCAUGGGGCGGUAUGGCCCCAGUCCCUUCCUGGUGGGCCAGUACGGCGGGGCGGGCGAGGUCGCCCAAGGCUUCUGCCGCGCAUGCGCCGUCUUUGGUGGGACGUACAUCCUCGGCUCUGAGGGCGCACCGUCUGACAUUGUCGUGGACAAAGGCGUGAGCUUGCGCAUUGGUGCGCAUCCCACCCCCAUUAGCGCGACGCACCUCGUCGCACCACCCGGCUUCCUCGAGAAGGACAAGCCGCGGGUCGUGCGUACAAGUGCUCACCUCAUCGCUAUCACUACUUGUCAGCCGCCCGUCCUCAAAUCUUGUGGCGAGGACGGGGUGGACGACGACACGGCCGUUGUUGUCUUUCCUCCCUCUGAUGGACCGCUCGUCCGCGCACUGGUUAUGGGCGAGGGCACAGGCUCGUGUCCCCGCAACCAGUGGAUCGUGUAUCUCUCCGCAGUCUCGCAUUCGGAUUCGGACCCGAAGGCGCUCCUCGAGCCGUACCUCGAGCGUAUUGCGGACGACGUCGUCUUCGUGGCCGCGUAUCUCCAGCACCGACCUGAGCCGGAGCCGGAGACAGAGGGAGAGGGCGCCGAGUCCCAGUCCCAUUCCAUGUCCAAGGCCAAUGACCCGGCUCCAUCCCCACUGGUCGUCCUCCGCCCGUACGUGGGAACGCACACCCUAACUGAGGGCCUGGACUAUGAGGCGCGUGAGGCCGCGCGUGCAUUCCGUGCAGUAUGCGCUGACGAGUUCUUCCCGACCGAGGAGGAGGAGGACGAGGACGAGUAA